AUGGGCAAGCAGGCCAUGGGGAUAUUCUCAACAAACUUUGCGUUUAGGAUGGACACCCUCUCAAACAUUCUCUUCUAUCCGCAGAAGCCGCUUGUAACAACCAGAUCCAUGGAGUAUUUGCGGUUCAAAGAUCUCCCAGCAGGCCAAAAUGCGAUUGUUGCCAUUGCUUGUUAUACUGGAUACAAUCAAGAGGACUCUGUGAUAAUGAACCAAAGUGCUAUUGAUCGGGGCCUUUUCAGAUCAUUCCUAUACCGAACAUAUGCUGACCAAGAGGACAUGGCGCGCCCCGGCGUCAAUGAAGAGUUCUGCAAACCUGACAGACGAACAUGCACCAAGAUGGGUAACUACAACUACAAUAAGCUGGGCACUGAUGGUCUGGUUUUUCCAGGAACGGAAGUUGUGGGUGACGAUGUUCUUAUUGGCAAAGUCACUCCCAUCCUAGAUGUUGAGAAGAGCACCAGGGAGAACCCAUUCUACAUCAUGAAGGACUCAAGCACGGUUAUGAAGAAGACCGAGGAGGGUGUUGUUGACACGGUGAUUGUAACAAACAAGGAUGGAUACAAGUUCUCUAAGGUGAAGGUCAGAUCUACCCGUAUUCCGCAGGUUGGAGAUAAGUUUGCAUCCAGACAUGCACAGAAGGGCACUGUUGGUAUCACUUUACGUCAGGAGGAUAUGCCAUUUACCAGCGAUGGGCUAGUUCCUGAUAUUAUUGUUAACCCCCACGCCAUGCCCAUGAGAAUGACGAUUGGACAUCUGCUUGAGUGUCUUCUUGGAAAGGUGUCUGCACUCAGCGGAGAAGAGGGUGAUGCCACUCCAUUUAGCGAGGUGACGAUCGAGCAGAUUUCAGAGAAGCUCAAGUCAUUUAAUUAUCAAUCGCGUGGGCUUGAGGUGAUGCACAAUGGAAUGACUGGCAGGAAGCUCAGGGCUCAGAUAUUCAUUGGGCCAACCUACUACCAGAGACUGAAGCACAUGGUCGACGAUAAAGUUCAUGCAAGGGCAAGAGGCUCUCUCCAGGUAAUGUCUAGACAGCCUCUUGAAGGCCGCUCAAGAGACGGCGGUCUCCGAUUUGGAGAGAUGGAAAGGGAUUGUAUUAUUUCACAUGGUGCUUCGGCCUUUCUCAAGGAAAGACUGAUGGACGUUUCUGACUGCUAUACCUGCUAUGUUUGCGACAAAUGUGGAUUACUGGCAAUAUCAGGAAAGGAUAUUUUAGAAUGUAAGGGGUGCUCCAAUCAGGUUGCAAUAUCCAAGAUUCAAAUACCUUAUGCAUUUAAGCUACUUCUACAGGAGCUGAUGGCUAUGAAUAUAGCGCCGAGGCUCAGGGUUGAAUAA